AUGUAUCGGCAGAUUUUGAUUUCACAGCGCGCUCGUCAAUACCAACAUAUAUUAUGGCGUGAUUCACCAUCGAAGUCGCUAUGUGAAUAUGAAUUGUGUACCGUGACAUACGGUGUGUCAGUAUCGCCAUACCAGGCUAUUCGCGUGUUACAUCAACUUGAGGUAGACAAUGGACAACAAUAUAUCCCGCCGCAAAAAAUAUAUUGUCUACUAAAACCUAUGUCGAUGAUGUUAUCAUUGGCGCCGAGUCUAUUUCAGAAUUAG